UUUCAAAAGAUUGCAUGCAUCGUCGGAUUCAAAGAAAUAGCUCGGUUUUUAUUGGCCAUGAUAAUACGAAUAUUAUUAGUAUACGAAUGAUUUUUCGUGUCCAAGAAUGUUGUUUUCGUGAAAAGUAAUUUGAAAAUUGUUUAAAUUCAAUCAUAAUUACCCGCGGAAUUUUCGAUAGCAACAGAGCGACAAUCAAUAUAUCUGACAUUAGAAAAUGUGCGCAUGUACGAAUACUGUUUCUGUCGAUAAUAACUAGCUAUCUGUUCCUUCAGCUUUCGAAGGUGAAGUUCGGUGAAGUCUUGACAUUCAGUCUUUGUAGCAGGAAGAAAUUUCUUCUGAGUUAAAUAGAAGAAAAUGUCGAACAGCAAGUGUGUUAAACAACCGCGUAAAAGUUAUGCGAAAGAACAGCAAGAAAUGACCCAUUCAGAGAAAUUAAGAUUAAUAGACGACGAAUUGAACUCUUUCUACAAGUUCACUCUGAAAAAUGGCCCUGCCUUUAAUCGAUGUUUGCUUACCAUAAUUUUAUUAGAUGUUUGGUAUUGUAGCAAGAUACUGUCAACAAGCUGGCUUUACAGAGGAGGAGAUGGACAUUAUUUGUCAACCAUUGGUGGCAGCGAUGCGACGUUCUUGGUUACAACUAGUCUUUCGCAGUAUGCUCGUUCUAAUAGUUCUUGGAACUUUGACCUGUCUGGCGGUGCAAUUGGACUUUGUUCGAACCCACUUUACGGCGAUCAGCCGUCUGUUGCUUAUUAAAAUUCUGCCAAUUUGGAAUUGGCAACCUUUAUAUUACGGGAACUGUAUGAUUAACAAUCCCUUCUACAAUGAUCACACGAUCACAGAGGACGACUGCGUGACUUGCGAAGCAUUGGAAACUAUCGAUCGUUUAUCGGACGUCAGGUAUCGGAAUCUUGUGGACAAUUAUUUGAGUCGCGAUGCUCCUGCGAUUAUUACAGAUGCAAUGGAUUCCUGGACAGUUAUGAAUACAGACUAUUUUUGGUUUGACAAUAUCACUCAUCUUUACUUGGAGAACGAACGACUGAUGGAAACGGUUCCUUGCGCUCUGACUUCAAAUUUAAGAACCGGCUCGUACGAUUUGGCAGCAUUUCUGCGGCGCGUUCAUUCCCCGGAAGUGGCGAAAUGGUUCGUCCAUUGGCAGAACUGCGACAUCAAUGCGGUAAAGGUGCUAAGGAAAUAUUAUCAACGACCGUACUUCCUUUCGAGUACGGUCUCGCCAGCGCAUUUCAAUUGGGUCCUGAUGUCCUCGGACUAUAAUAGUCCAAGUUACAAGAAGGUCGAGUUGGACUCUGGACUGAUCGCUCUCGCCCAGUUGCGAGGAGCUACGCAGCUUCGGUUGACACCGAUAAAUCCUUGCAACAGCUCUUGCCCCGAAUUGAUAGCGGAUUUGCAUCAAGGUGAAAUGUUGGUUUUUACCAACUUGAUGUGGACGUUGGAAUACGCACCGAUGAGAGGACUGGACAACAUAGCUAUCUUAACAGAGACCGUGUGGGAGGAGGAUACGUAGACCGAGUUUUCCAUUAUAAUAUAUCUUGUUAGUCUUGGAUAUUUGAACUCUAUACGCGCGUUGCUCGAACGCGUAUAUCCUUAUUCUGUCGCAACGCUAUGGUAGCCGUAAAAUAAAGUAUUUCAUCGAAUUUUCUCGAAUUUUCUCGAAUUUUCUCGAAUUUUCUCGAAUUUUCUCGAAUUUUCUCGAAUUUUCUCGAAAGAAACGAUUAAAACGUUGAAUUAUUUCUCCCGAACCCGACGCGAUGUGUAGGAUAAAAGAUGAUGUACAUAGAAAUGGUAAUAGGUCAACCAGAGAGUUUCGUUGGGUAGCAAACGACAAUAAGGUUGUUGUUGUCGAUGAGAAAGACUCGAUGAGGAUACCAAAAGUAACAACAAACAAGAUUCGUUUUUUAUUAAUUAAUCGUUUAUAGUAACAUUGUUGUUUUGCUGAUUUUCCCUUUGACGGUAGUUUUGUUCUCGUUACGUCGGUUGGACUAACA